UGCAGGAUCAGGAAGAAGGGGGCUUCCCAUGGCUAGGUGUUAAGGUGGACUCCCCGCGGGGUACCCCAACCCCCUGGAAGCUGCCCUGGGGGGCGGGGGCAUCACACUGCAGGGACCGAGCGGCCAGGGGGAGAACCCCCGGGGAAAUGCAAAGGGCUUGAGAGGCGGCUGGAGCCGGGCGGGGCUCGGGGAAGCGGGAAGAGCGAUCGCGGAGUCUUCAGGACCAUGAACUGCCCUGGCAGCGGGGGGCUGCCGCUGACCCCGGGCACGGAGCCGCGCCGGAGCCCCUGAGGGGCGAGGCCGCCGGAGGAGGCGAUGGGCCAGAGGCUGGGCACGGUGCUGCUGCUCCUCCUCACGCUAGGGUAUUUGGUCAGCUCACUGGCCACAGAAACUAAAUGUGAAAACAUUUACCAAGGCUUCUCCAACUGUGUCUUAAAACUGGGCAAAAACAUGGCCAGCUACGAGGAGGACAACAGGGAUAAGGUGCAGGGGCUGAACACUGUUUGCGGGUAUUGGGAUGAAUUUCACAUGUGCACCAUGAUUGCUCUUUGGGAAUGCCAGAAGGAGGCAGCCAGUAUCUGGGAGACUUUGAAAAGGGAAUCUAGAAAAAUCAAAUUCCAAGGCAGCUUGUUUGAUCUCUGCAGUCCCAAUAGCUCCCAGAGCUUCAGUUUGACAAAUGUUUCAAAUUUUAUUGUCUUAAGCAUCUCUCUGAUGGUCACUUGGUUUAAUUUGUAAAUGGAGCAGCUCUGAAAGUAUUGGAAUGAAGAGGUAUUAUCAGUGUCAUAAGUGUAGUUAUGAUCAGAAAUGUAGUAUUUCCAAACCUUUGAGAAAUACUGUGUAUGGCGUUUGAUGGACACUUAAUUUUAUUAUUCCAGAUCUGUGAGCUUCAGAAGAGCUUGGCAGCAUCGCCUUGGUUGCACUGUCUCUAAGUAACUUACAUGAUUAAUCAUAAAUUCAGCACUUGCUAUAACUUGACAUUGUUCAACUGGAAGUGCACCCACAGCUCCAAAAGAUGGUGCAGAGUGCUGGAGGCUGUAGCCGGAGGGCCAAAGGACUGUGGAGAAAUUCAGGAUUAGUGCUAAAUACUAGAUUCUUUUGCAAUCUUUUCUAUCUAUAGUCACUGGAAGCGAAUCUGUUUAUUCAGCUGCCUGUUUCUGCCAGAUAAAUUCUUGAUGUUUUUUCAUCAAGAUGGGCGGGAGGAAGCAAUUGUUGGUGGUGUUUUUGAAAUGCAGGAAGAACGUACUGAGCCCGUCAAAGACAGGAAGGAUUCCUUGUCAUGUUGGUAGUAGAAUCCUCCCCUGGGAGGAUGGUGAAGCCUCCCCUUGCAGAACAAUCUCGGAUGGGUCUGUUUCUUGUGAGAUGCACCUGGCUACCUGAGUGACUCUUGCGGUAUGUGUAAAUCCCUUUCAUAAGGAAACAAGAGGGAAAAACGUAAUGGGGAAAAGGGGCAGGGUUGGGCUAGUGGCAAAGUAAAGAUUUCUAAUAACUCUUUUGCUUUAAAAGUAUCCCAGGAGGCACUGUGAGCAGCACUGUGACUGACUGUGUAAUUCAAGAAUAUCAAAUAAUAUCUAUUGUAUAACCUAAACCUGUCAAAUUGGAAAUCAUUUGUCCUGCUUUCUUGGUCUAUAGCACAGUCGCUCCCUGUCUCUUCUUGCGCAGCCCAGACAAUUGUUCAUGUCACGGCUUCAACACUGCCAUUAAAUAUAUUUUCAAUA